AUUAAAAAAUUUUGUUUUUACCUGUCUUAAAAUUGGGUUAUAAGCAGCCAGUUUACAAGCAACUGGGUUUUUGUUUUGUUUUGUUUUUGCCUUGCAAUCAGUAGUUUUUCAGGGGAGCUUUUAAAGCCGAGCUGAAAUACUUGAAAUGUGGAACACUCUUGACCAUGAAAUAUGUUCUACUUACAUGCCUCAGCCUUUCAAAGUUCUUUGCAUUAGAGUCAGAGAUUGCAUUGUUCCUGGAGCCAAGCAUGGGGCCAGCUGUAAACAAGCCGCACUUCUCCUUGGGGAGGCUGAUAGGAGUUUAAGACGCUUGUCGUGGCGAGUGUCACAAACACUGCCAACUCCACUCCCAGCCCUUCACUUCCAUCUCUGCCCUACCCACUGGAGGCCACUUGGACACCUAAGCGGGGGCGACAGCUGAAUUCAGGAAACUAUGCACCAUGUCAUCAGGAGACAACCACAGACUUUAAACCCUGUUCAACAUGUGGAUGCGGCCGAGAAAUGACCUGUCCAGACAAGCCAGGGCAGCUCAUGAGCUGGUUCGUCUGCUCCCUGUGCGUCCCGCGGGUGCGUAACCUCUGGAGCAGCCGGCGGCCCAGGACGCGGAGGAACCUGCUGCUGGGCACGGCCUGCGCCAUCUACCUGGGCUUCCUGGUGAGCCAGGUGGGGCGCGCGUCGCCCCCGCACCGGCAGGCGCGCGAGAAGGGGGCGCGCCAGAGCCGAGACAGCGCCGAGGGCCCCUACCCUGACAUACCCUUGGACGGUACCCUGGCCCCUCCCGAGCCCCAGGACAAUGGAGCCACCCUGCUGCCCAAUGUGGUGUACAUUACCCUGCGCUCCAAGCGAAGCAAGCCCGCCAAUAUCCGUGGCACGGUGAGGCCGAAGCGCAGGAAGAAGUAUGCAGGGGCAUCCCCGGCCCCGGAGCAGGAGGCCCUGCGCGGACCAUCUCUUCAGCCGCGGGGAGCUGCCAGGGCAGCUGAUGCCGAAGAGCCUGAGAACAUCCAGAGAGGACACCUGGCCAAGGGUGGGGAAAGACCCUGGAGAUGGAUACCCGGUCCGGGAGCGCAAGUUGGGGGCUCAGAUUUCCAGCUGCCCCAGGCCGGGGAGAGCAACAUCAGGAUCUACAGCGAGCGCGCCCCCUCGUGGCUGAGCAAAGAAGACAUCCGCAGGAUGCGCCUGCUGGCCGACGGUGCGGUGGCGGGCUUUCAGCCAGUGUCCUCUAAGAACCAAGCGCGCUUGCUGCUGCUGGAGGGGAGCACCGCUGGCUCCGGGCCUGCCUGUGACCGUAGCCCCUGUGGGCUGCUCAAGCAGCCUUUGGACAUGAGCGAGGUAUUUGCCUUCCACUUGGACAGGAUCCUGGGGCUCAACAGGACCCUGCCUUCUGUGAGCAGGCAAUCAGAGUUCAUCCAAGAUGGCCGCCCAUGUCCUGUCAUACUCUGGGAUUCAUCUUUAUCUCCAACAAGUAAUGAGACCCACUCUUCUGUUAAGCUCACCUGGGGAACCUACCAGCAGUUGCUAAAGCAGAAGUGCUGGCAGAAUGGCCGAGCACCCAGACCUGAAUGGGGCUGUACUGAAGUACAUCACCAUGAGUGGUCCAAGAUGGCCCUCUUUGAUUUUCUGUUACAGAUUCAUAAUCGCCUAGAUACAAAUUGCUGUGGAUUCAGACCUCGAAAGGAAGAUACCUGCGUACAGAAUGGACUGAUGCCGAAAUGUGACAACCAAGAUUCUGUGUCUCUCGCACACAUUAUCCAGCGAAAGCACGACCCAAGGCAUUUGGUCUUUAUAGACAACAAGGGUUUCUUUGACCGAAGUGAAGACAAUUUAAACUUCAAAUUGUUAAAAGGCAUCAAAGAGUUUCCUGAAUCUGCAGUGUCUGUUUUGAAGAGCCAGCACUUACGGCAGAAACUCCUUCAAUCUCUGUUUCUCGAUAAAGUUUAUUGGGAGAGUCAGGGGGGUAGACAAGGAAUUGAAAAGCUUAUCGAUGUAAUAGAACAAAGAGCCAAAAUCCUUCUCACCUACAUCAAUGCCCAUGGGGCCAAAGUACUGCCUAUGAAUGAAUAACAAAAGGAUCUUCUGGCUACAUUUAUGCGUUUUGUUUCUAAAUCAAGUACACAAACCUCAACUCCUUUUCAGAAUGAGACAGAGAAACGAAUACAUAAAAUAAAUGAAUUUAACCAAGUAUAUAUGAUGGGCCUGAGCACUAGAAGUAGACUUAUAAAACUUAAAAAAACAUACUCCUCAAAAAAUGUUUCUUUAUAUUUUUUACUACCAUUGUCACGUGAGUCUCAACAUCUGACUACAGAAUGGUUGCAAUGAUUAUUCCAGCAAGCUUUGUUAAAACACUUGUCAUGUGGUUUAAUAGAACAGUACAAAUUGACUCCUUUAAGAAAUUAUAUUUUAUGCCGUUUUCACUGGUCUGACCAAAUACUAAUGGGAAUGGAUCUUGAGGGGCUUUUUGUUGCUGAUUGUUAAAACAGAGCAGUCCCGGCACUUACCCAGAGGCACCUCUUAACUGGAAAACUGAGGCACAUGAUCUGUAGAUACAUCAGUGCCUACAAUAAUUCUAACUAGAAAUGGUGAGUUAUUUGCACAACUACCAGUUUAUAUCCUAUUGUAUCUGUAAGUAACUAGCCAUUUCUGUGAUUCUGAGCAGCAAGAAUCACAUUUUCCAUUCCUUUUUAGAAAUUUAUUUUGUUUUCAGUGUAGAAACCAUCUAGAUCUGAUAAUUUAUACAUUAAGUAGUUUUGCCCUCUCAAUUUUGGUCCAAUUUAUGUCUAGUGGCUUAGAAAUCCUACAAUUUUAAGGUUUGAAGUUACCUUAAGGUUUGAAACUGUACCUAAAAA